CGCAUGCGCAGUCGCGCCGCACUCUAAUGGAGGACAUGUCUGGUCUGCAAUCGUGUUUUUCUGCGCUGUUUUUCUGAGUCGCGCCCUCGACACCCGUCAGCUGCCCCCUCGACACCCUCCGAGCGGCAGAAUGGCUUCAGACUCGGUCUCUCAAAGCUCCCAGAGUCCUGCCACCAGGAUCAUGACCUUUCAUCCCACAAAAGAGGAGUUCAAAGACUUCAACAGAUACAUCGCAUAUAUGGAGUCUCAGGGUGCUCACAGAGCCGGGAUGGCUAAGGUGGUGCCACCGAAGGACUGGAAGCCCCGGCGCACGUACGAUGACAUCGAUGACCUGGUGAUCUCCACACCUAUUCAACAGGUGGUCACUGGCAAAUCAGGUCUGUUCACUCAGUACAACAUCCAGAAGAAGCCCAUGAGCGUCCGGGAGUUCCGCAAAACCGCCAACACAGACAAGUUCUGUAAUCCCAGAUAUGCUGAUUUUGAUGAACUAGAGAGGAAAUAUUGGAAGAAUUUAACAUUUAAUCCACCACUAUACGGGGCAGAUGUCAGCGGGACCCUCUAUGAUCCAGACGUGACGGAGUGGAAUAUUGGCCGUCUCAACACUAUUUUGGACACGGUGGAGAGAGAGAGCGGAAUCACAAUCAAAGGAGUCAACACCCCGUAUCUUUACUUCGGGAUGUGGAAGAGCACGUUCGCCUGGCACACAGAGGACAUGGACCUCUACAGCAUCAACUACCUGCACUUUGGAGAACCCAAGUCCUGGUACAUCGUGCCUCCAGAACAUGGGAAGCGAUUGGAGCGUCUUGCUAAAGGAUUUUUUCCUGGAAGUGCCCAAAGUUGUGAAGCCUUCCUGCGACACAAAAUGACUUUAAUUUCACCGUCUAUUCUGAGGAAGUAUGGAAUACCCUUCGAGAAGGUCACACAGGAAGCAGGCCAGUUCAUUGUGACCUUCCCGUAUGGAUAUCAUGCUGGGUUUAACCAUGGCUUCAACUGUGCAGAAUCUACCAACUUCGCCACUCAGCGCUGGAUCGAUUAUGGAAAGCUGGCGACAUUAUGUUCCUGCCGGAAGGACAUGGUGAAGAUAUCCAUGGAUGUGUUUGUCCGCAAGUUCCAGCCAGAACGCUAUAAACUUUGGAAAGCAGGAAAGGACAGCGUGCCCAUCGACCACUCAAAGCCCACACCAGAGGCAGCGGAGUUCCUGACGGGUGGAAAGAAAGAUGAGAAGAACGAGACAGGAGAGCUCAGUGAUAGCAGCAGAGCAGAAACGGCUGGGGAGGAGCGGAACCCCAACACGGACGGCGGAGAGGAGGCCAAGGCUGAAAUGUUGAAAAGGGAAACAGGUGGUGCGAAGGAGAAAGAAGAAGCAGAGAAAGGAGGCCUGGAGGUAGAGGAGAAGAAGCCUGUUAGUGACGAAGAACCAAGCAGCACCUCAGAGCAGGUCAACAGUAGCAGUCCAAAGCAGAAUUUGGGGCAGAAACGGCUCAGACCCAGCCCUGAUGAUGGAGCAAAAGAAGACGACAAUCAAGUAAAGGUAGAAAAAGAGGAGGAAGUUGAGAAGAAGAAAUCCAAACUCAGCCAGACUGAGGCAGAUGACAAGAAUGAACAAUCAAUCUCCGCUGACCCAGGUUAUGCACAAGCUCAGGAGACAAUGGAGACAGACACGCCUCCUCCACAGCAGCCAGAAAAUCAAGCACCUCCCGGCGUGGAGGUGGAGCUCUCGCCGUCCUCCAGCAGUGACAUCACAAUGCAGCAAAGAGAUGACGUCACUGCCUCUGAACCCAACGACGUCACCUCAUCCUCACAAUCCACAAACAGCAUCGCUGAUGGUGGGACUCUGAGCAUUGAGGUCACCUCUCAGUCCGAACACAUCACACAAAGCUGUGAUGUCCAAAGCAAGCCUGAUGAUAUCACUCCAAACGGUGACCUCACUGAAGCCCAGCAGAGUGACAUCACAGCCCAUUCGUGUUCCAGUGACAUCCCUGCUGUUGAUGUUAUGCCUCUCACAUCUGUAACCAGCAGUAUCUCCUCUCUGCAUGGCAUUACCUCUACCCACUCCAGUGAUGUCUCUACAGAACCCAGUGACAGCACUGUAAAUACCAUCAUACCUAGUCCAAGCGAGCCUGGCAUUAACUCCUCCCACACCUAUGAUGUCCAUCCAGAACCCAGCAGCAUCAUCGUCAGCCCUAUAAAUGAACCUGGCAUUAACCUCUCUCACACCUGUAAUGUCACCACAGAACCCUGUGACAUCAUCAUCAGCGCUGAUGAACUCAGCAUUAGCCCCGCCCACAGCUGUGACGUCCAGCCGGAACCAAGAAACAUCACCAUCAGUGCUGAAAAGGAACCCAGCAUUAUCCCCGCCCAAAGCUGUGAUGUCCACCCAGAACCCAGCAACAUCACCAUCAGCUCUAAAAAAGAACCCAGCAUUAACUCCGCCCACAGCUGUGAUGUCCAACCAGAAUCCAGCGACUUCACCAUCAAUGCUGAAAAAGAACAGAGCAUUAGCUCCGCCCACAGCUGUGAUGUCCAACCAGAAUCCAGCGACAUCACCAUCAGCUCUAAAACAGAACGCAGCAUUAACUCCGCCCACAGCUGUGACGCUCAGCCAGAAUCCAAUGAUGAAAACAAACCCAGCAUUAGCAUUAGCUGUGAUAUCCAAUUUGAACUGAGCAACAUCAUCAACCCUGAACACAAACCCAGUGUAAACUCCUCCCACACCAUUGAUGCUCAACCAGACCCUACCAACAUCACUGUCAGUGAACACGAAUCCAGAAUUAGCUCCGCCCAAAGCAGUGAUGUCCAACCACAACUCAGCACCAUCUUCUUCGAACCUAAACACGAGCCCAGUGUUAACUCCGCCCACACCUGUGACGUUACCACAGAAUCCUCCCACAUCAGCCCUAAACAUGAACCUGGCGUUAGCUCGUCCCCCAGCAGUGAUAUCCAACCAGAACUCGGCAACAUCACCAGCAGUCAUAAACCUCAACCUGGCUUUAGCUCCUCCCACACCUGUGAUGUCACCGCAGAUCCCAGCGGCAUCACUGAAGACGAACCCAGCCUUACCUCUGCCUACAUCUGUGAUGUCCAACCAGAACUCGGCAACAUCACCGUCAGCCCUGAACACGAGCCCAGUAUUAACUCCGCCCUCGUAUACGAUGUAAUCACUGAACCCAUCGACAUCAGCGUCGGCCCUAAACGCAAACCUAGCGUCAACUCCAUCCACACGUAUGAUGUCAUCACCGAACCCGGCAGCAGCGCCGUCAACCUCAAGCUCAGCUCUGCGUCGGGGGGCGGCGGUCAGGUGUGUCCACCUGCGGUCCAGCACAUCUUCCAGAGAACACUGAGCCCCGCAGAGGUGCUGCAUGUCCACAGCUACGCUAAAGGAGAUUACAGCGAUCUCGAGCCGCGCAUUCGGCACGAGAGAGACCGAGACAGUGACUCCGAUAGCGAGUCUCAAGAGGACAGCAAGAAAGAAGCUGAACACCCAGUAGAAGCUCAGCACAGACUUCCCAGACUCCCCCGGCACCAUCCUCUGAUGAAGGACAGCAUCAGCGAUGAAGAGCUGCAGGAUCAGGCUGCUUCGGAGGAGGACGGGCUGGACGGAGAGGCCUGGGCGCGACCUUUGACCCAGCUGUGGCAGAACAGACCGUAUAAUCCAGAAAGAGAGCGAGAGUACAACAGAGAGAUGGGUCUGCGGCCUCCGUACUGCGCUGUGUGCGCGCUCUUCCAGGCUCAUCAGCGGUCUGAAGGUGGUGAGAGCGAGCCGGCCGUGGUGCUUCCCGGGGGUCAGAUGAGGACCAAGCCUCUGAUUCCAGAGAGAUGUUUCACCACCACCACUGAGGACAGCGCAGAUGUCCUGCCGUCCACGGCUCACCUGGAGGAGGACGGCACCAGUCUGCUCAUCAGCUGCUCCCUGUGCAGUGUCCGUGUGCACACUAGUUGUUAUGGUGUGGCUCCAGCAAGAGUCUCCAAAGACUGGAAAUGUGCCCGCUGUAAAGCUAACGCCCUCACCGAGAGUUGCUGUCUGUGUUCGUUGAGAGGUGGAGCGUUGCACAGAGCCAAUAAUGGCAAAUGGGUUCACGUCCUGUGUGCGGUGGCAGUGCUGGAAGCUCGCUUUGUGAACCUCUCUGAGCGGUCGCCCGUGGACCUCAGCGGCAUUCCCCUACAGAGAUUCAAGCUGAAAUGCUAUUACUGCAAACGGCGGAUGAAGAAAACGUUGGGCUGCUGUGUGCAGUGUUCUCACGGUCGCUGCCCCACCUCAUAUCACCCGACCUGCGCACAGGCCGCCGGCGUCAUCAUGCACCCUGACGACUGGCCCUUCGUCGUCUAUGUCACUUGUUGCCGUCACAAAGGGCCAGUGCAAUCUGAGCGUAAUAAAGCAGCCAUGAGAGAGCUCAGUGUUGGUCAGAAGGUCAUCUGCAAGCACAAAAAUGGACGCUACUACCAGUGUGAAGUCAUACAGCUGACAAAAGAGACUUUUUAUGAGGUCAACUUUGAUGAUGGCUCCUUCAGCGAUAACCUUUUCCCAGAGGACAUUGUGAACCGAGACUGCGCUCAGCUGGGUCCUCCUCCGCAGGGGGAAGUGGUUCAGGUCAGAUGGACAGAUGGUCUUGUCUAUGGAGCCAAAUUCGUGGCAGCUCAUGUUAUUCAGAUGUACCAGGUGGAGUUUGAGGACGGAUCGCAGCUGACUGCUAAAAGAGAUGAUGUCUACACCCUCGAUGAAGAGCUGCCCAAGAGGGUCAAAUCUCGUCUGUCCAAGGCGUCUGACAUGCGUUUUGAUGGCAUGUUCGGAGAGAAGAAGGUCCAGGAGAGCAAGAGGCAGAGAGUGAUCAACUCCAGGUACAGAGGCGACUACAUCGAGCCCGUCAUCUACCGAGCCAUCAUGGAGUAGCCAGCGACGACCCAGCCUUCAGAAGAAACCACCAGCACUCAUCCAGUGACUCUAGCACUCCCUGCCAGUGUCGGUAGCGCUCAGUUCGCAGGGGUCGCUCCUCGACUCUCUCUUCUCUGUAUGGGUCUAGAGUCGAGGCAGGGUGUUCCACAGUGUCUUUUUCAGAAAAAGCAGCUCUUUUUUUUGGGUGUGAGUCACACACGUUUAACCUCAGAGCUGUGAAACAAACACCCUAGAAACACAUCAGCGUGCAGCAUACCUUUUGGUCGCUCUAAACCACAUCCAUUUUAUACAGCAUAUUUGUAACCUCCAUUUCAUAAAAUAUCUACUUUUAUCAAACUGCAUUAAUUUAUUUGACUUAAUCGAGGGUGCUGUUCUACCCGUAUUUUACCAAUCAGAGGUGCCAUUGCCAUUUUAUGAAUGCAGAUCUCCUUUUUUUUCGUUUUUUUUUUUUUAAAGAUCUACACUGCCGUAAAACCGCGCAGACGGAUCCCGAUUAUUGUACAUUAUUUGGAACAUAAUGAAUUCAGCGUGUCUUUGAGUCGUUUUUUUACAAGCCUAUUUAUUACUGGUGCUUUACAGAAGUCAAUUUUGCAAUAGGAGUUCCAGUGCUGGCGGAGUUGGACACCGAUAGGUUCUGUUUUUUCGGACCGAGUAGACGCCGUUCUCUCUACGAUCCCAGGAUAAGGAUGUCACUUUCACAGCCGUUCAAGCCCUGCCUUGCACUCUGGUUCAGUACUCUUUCAUUCAGGCGUUUCUAUUAAUGUAGCUUCUUACUGCUGUCGACAUUUUAUCAGACGCCCCACGGUUUUAAUAAGCUAUUUUUGCACUUCUCAGCUGUACUUUUAUGAAUUGCCAUCUUUGUCCUCGCGGUAGCCAAGCUCUAGAGACCGAAACGCACUUCUGAAAGCCGAGGAGGUCGUUGUUCGGACUGUCUAGCCGACAGCGUUUGAAGAAAGUAAGGUUGUUGCAGUCCUUCAGUCGUUCAAUAGAUAGAUAGGGCUAAUCUUCACUAUAAAAAAAGAAAAUUAUAAAAGAUUUUUUCUAUUAAGAAGCCUAUUUUAUUGCUUUGUUUUAUAAUACAUGUUUAAUGUUCAUAUACUGUGAGAUAGAAGUUGUAUGUAGUUAAUUUAAGAAAUCUCGAGCUUUCGGCACGUUUCUUCUGCCUUGUGUUGCUUUCAAACAUGAGCCUUGUUCUUACUGCACUUCUGAAUGCAGAGGCCCUAGGACUUCCAUACAUGUAUUUUGUAAAAAUCAUUAAUGUGCAUCAGUAAAAGAUGUGAGCUGA